UAUCGUGAGCCUGGCUACGCGUAGUUCAGUUAGCGACCGCCAGGUGGAAACCGGUCGCCGGUUGUGCGGCAGUCGGCCGCCGGCCCGCGCAGGGCGCGGAUGUGUUUUGCUUGGCUGUGCGCCAAGUGGGCGCGCAAUCGCAGACGCGGAAUAAAGAACUCACAUUAUAUCAAAUUGGCGACGAGGAUCAGAUCAAGGUGAAGCCUUGGAGCUGUGAUUGCGAGUGAUGGCGAAACGGACCGGUGAUCAGUGCGCGGUGGUCAGCGAGGGCGGACAGGCCACGGACGAUUGCCUCCGAUGCUCGACCGAUUGAUAUUUUAUUUCAACCGGCUUUUCGUUUCCCGACCGAUAAUGGGAGCCGCGGUGCCCGCCGAACAGCCGCUCACGGAGGAGGAGAUUCUGGCGCUGGCCGAACAGAAGAUGGAGGAGGAACACGGCUGCUGGCUGCCGGACGCUAUCCGCUGGAACCCCACCUCGUUCAAACACGUCCGGGACGCCGAGAAGAACAUCCUCAAAUUCGUGCCCCGGCCCCACCGUUCGUUCUACGUGGAGAUCGGACCUGUGGUGGGCCGCAAACCGAACCGGCUGUGGACGGUCGCCUUCAACGAGGAGUCCAAAGAGGUGCCCCUGGUGCUGCUGCACGGAUUCGCCUCCGGUGUCGGACUCUGGUGCCUCAAUUAUGAUGCGCUGGCUGCCAACAGGCCCGUCUACGCUUUUGACAACCUUGGGUUCGGCCGCUCGUCCCGUCCCGAGUUCAGCAAAGACGCCAUGGAGGUGGAAUCACAGUAUGUGGAGGCUAUCGAGAAGUGGCGCCAGGAGAUGAACAUUGACCGUAUGAUCCUGCUCGGUCACUCGAUGGGUGGCUUCCUCAGCUGUGCCUACGCGCUCAAGUACCCGGAGCGACUGGAGCACCUGGUUCUCGCCGACCCGUGGGGCUUCUCUGAGCCCGUCUCCAACGAGGCCUACCGUCUGCGGAUCCCCCUGAUCGUCCGAGGAGUGCUCUCUGUGGUGAAGCUGAUGAACCCGCUGUCCGUGCUGAGACUCGGAGGGCGAUGGGGCUCCACAAUGAUCGCCAAGGCGCGCCCGGACCUGAUGAAGAAGUUCUCCGGUAUGGUACACAGCCCGCCAGGUACCAACUACAUGGCCAACUACAUCUACCACUGCAACGCACAGACGCCCAGCGGUGAGGUGGCCUUCCACACUCUGAGCAGCGACUUCGGCUGGGCCAAGAACCCGAUGAUCCGGCGCGUGGGUCAGGUGGACCCUCAGGUGCCCAUGACGGCCAUUUACGGCUCCCGGUCCUGGAUCGACGACUGCGGCCAGAAGAUUCGCGGCGAGCGGCCCGGCAGCUACGUAGAUGUCGAGACGAUCCUGGGCGCGUCUCACCACGUGUACGCCGACCAGCCAGAGACGUUCAACGAGCUCGUUUCGGCCGCUUGCCUGUUCUCUCGGGGCCGGCUCGAGGCCGAAAGCACCCGCGCCGGGUUCUUCCUUCGUGACGAAGAUGACGAGGAUGAGGAAGGCCAGGCGGCCGCGCUAGCCGACCGGCCGGGCCCCUCGACCGCCCCCGCCCCCGCCCCAGCGGCGGCGGCAGCGGCGGGGUCAUCGUAGGCCCAUCAUGGUUCAAGUGAAGGAUGGAUGUAUGAAGAGACAAUUUGAGAGAGGGUUGAUAGUGGUUGUAGUUUGUGACUACCUUGGAUGCUGCGCUGUCCUCAGGAACUCUUACAUGCGGUGGUGCUAUCGUGAUGCAGAAUCAGCGUGUUGCUAUCGUGUGUCUUCUCUGGCAUUGCGAUUUCGGCGCCGAGGCAUCUGCCGCCACUCUAUGAACAUUUCUGGAGGUCCUUGGUGUUGUUUAUAGCAUGGUUGGUCAGUUUUUACCAACUUCUCUGUGUAGAUACCUGUUUGUGAAGGUGGUAAAUGCUGUUUGUGUCGUGUGACCUCGCUGUUUGUAUAGUGAGCAGAUGUCAGCCAUAUCUGCGUGAUAAGUCUAUGUUCGCCAGCCUUAUUUUAGAAACGAUUCUGAUCACAGAAAUUCAGCGUAGUGCAUUUCAGGGGACGGUGCCUUUUUAUACCCGUUUCGGGAUUCGUUUUCAGGCAAAGGGCCUUCUAGUUGCUGGCAAUGACCCUACAUUUGUGGUCUUAGAGUUUGGCCAGCUUUAGCUGUGUAGCUUUAGGAGUAAGUGGCGUCGAUUUGUGUCAUUUAGUGCAUAGUUUGUAUGUGUAGCUUUUAGGAUGUGACACAUCAAAAGUGUGGAGAGUUUGUUAAUUAUUUUCCUGACAUAUCUUAUAUGCUACUAUAUUUUGCUUUCCCAGGCAUCAUUACGAACACUUUUAUAUGUUAAUCAUGCAUAAUCCCGCGAGCCCUAGUAUUGCGUAGGAUGCAUCAUGUGUCGUGUCAUUUAUCGCACGUGUUUGAGUAUUGUUUGGAGUGUUGUUUUGAUUCUGAUCCUGGAUCGGACGUGCAUUUGUGGCCACUCAUCUUUGUUAUUGAUUUAGGCAAGAUCAUUAUGUACAGUUCUUUGCAAUGUCAAUUUUAUCGAUCCUGUCAUGGGUAUGUAAAAGUUUCUCUUUAUGAAUGCGAGUAUGAGAUGCUCCUGGUUAUGCGGUUUUGUCCCUUCGAUAAUUGCUUCCGAAAUCUUUAAUCCCACUCACAAUUACAAAUGUCCCGGUAGUCGCUGUUUACGUUCAUCAAACGAAUGGCCAUUUGCCUCCGGUAAAAGAAAAAGUGCGUGUGUAAAUGUGAAAAUCUGCGGGACCACUGUCUGUUUUCACCUGCAUAGUCCUACCGGUAUAACUCAUCGCAUAUUACUAAAAAUAGCUGCUCAUUUCAUUAAUUUUAUCUGUUUACCAUAGCCUUAUUACACAGAAGUUCCUUGCUUCCGUACCUCAGAAUACCAACGAGAUGGCCGAAAUUGCAUUAGCUGUGUUGGAAGUUGUGUAGAAUGCUCGUUCGCGUGCUCUGAUCGCCCCGUGGCCCCAGAGAAGGUUAGCUGUGUGUAUCUGUGAUUGGGUUGUGAGCUAAUGUGUCACCUGGAAGGUGUCAACAGCUGUGAUGUGUCAGUGUGCUGUGGCGUGCGAACAUUAUCAAUACAGAUAACGACUGGAUA